AUGGCAGAUGAAGAAACCAAAGGCCAUUCAAGCCACUUCCUUGAAAACAAGACCAUAGUGAUUGCUGGGGCAGGUCUCGCUGGCUCUGCAUUUGUUGUUGGCCUCCAAAAGCUCUGGAACCCAAAACUCAACCCGCCAACUAUUAUCAUCUUUGAGCGCGAUGCGCCCGAAAUCGCUGAUCAGAGGGAGACUUACACUUUGUCUCUGACAGGAUUUGACAAUUCAGGUGGCCUUGUUGCGUUGAAGAACCUCGGUUUACUUGAUCAUGCGCUGAAACACGCCAUAUCUGGGCUUGACGGAGCCGGUGCUUUCAAGAUAUGGGAUUCAAGCUGGAACGAGCAAGUUGCUUUCCGUAGGAAACCAGCUGCAGGCAUCCCGUCGACAAGCGUUCGAAUUGCGCGAAAAGAUAUCCGUCAAGUUCUUCAUGAUGCAUUCGAUCUUGGCAAUCAGUGUAGCAUCCACUGGGAUUCGAAAUGCAUAUCCACUACCCAGCUCCCGGACGGUCGCCUAAGAGUGAGAGUUGUUCAAGGAGAAAAUGCCCACGAGAUCGAACAAGAGUCUGCGACAGAGCCUUCGUCAGGCGACACGUUGUGUCAUGGUGGUGCGGUUCUCCGAGGAGGAGUAGCCAGAUUCGAAGAAGCUCUUCCAAAGCUACCAGGGGAGGAUUGGGGGUUUGUUGUCUCUCGCACCGGCGUCUCGGCCUUCUUCGCUCCAGUCGACAAGCACAGAAUCUUCUGGGCCGUGGGUCGGAAUGAAGAUCAGGUGUGCAAUCUGGAUCGCAGCUCGCCAACUCAGCUGCAAGCAGUCAUAGAGCAGAGUCUCGAUCUUGGAUCACAUAUCGCUGAGCCCUUUCGAAGCAUAGUCAGGCGAACCGAUCCCGAGACAGCUUUGCUCUUGAAUUCACGAGACAAGCUGCCGUUUGCUCAUGACAGCAUAUCCAAAGUACCGGCUGUAUUCCUCGGAGAUAGCAAUCAUGCCCUCAGCGCAUUUGCAGGCAUUGGCGGCAACCUGGCAUUAGUGGACGGAUGGGAUUUGGCAGACCAGAUUUGCAAGCAUAGCAGCCUGGAAGACGCCGUCAAGGUGUACGACAGCCUCAGCGUACCAAGAGCGAUGCGGGAUGUCAAGCGAUCCAGACGACUAGUAAAAGGUGCUCACGACACUGGUUUGCACUAUUACCUGCUUUUGUGCAUGUUGUUUGUUGGCAAGUUUGUGAGAUGGGCCUUGAAUAAGAUGGGCCGCUGA